GACGGUACAAUGCAUACUGUAAUGGAAGUGGAAACAAGUGUCCCGGCAUUUCUUGGGAAACUUUGGAAAUUAGUCGAAGAUCCUGAGACUGACGACCUUAUUUGUUGGGCACCCAAUGGAAGAAGUUUUUUCAUCAGAAAUCCGGCACAAUUUGCCAGAGAACUAUUACCCCAUUAUUACAAACACAAUAACAUGGCUAGCUUUGUUCGACAAUUAAAUAUGUAUGGAUUCCACAAGAAAGUCUCCGUUGAACUUGGAGGUCUAAAAUGCGAAAGAGAUGAAAUGGAAUUCGCGCAUCAGUAUUUUAUUAAAGAUCAUCCUUAUUUAUUAGAACACAUUAAAAGAAAGAUUGCAUCUAGUAAAAGUCAAGAUGGACAUCCACCAAUAAAAACAGAAGUAAUGAAUAAAGUUCUGAGCGAAGUAAGAAGUAUGAGAGGACGCCAGGAACAUAUGGACACAAGACUUGGUGCUAUGAAGCGAGAGAACGAGGCAUUGUGGCGGGAACUAGCAAUGUUGAGGCGAAAGCAUCUCAAGCAGCAAGAAAUAGUCAACAAGCUUAUACAUUUCUUAGUAACACUUGUACAGCCAUCGAGAAGUGGUGGGCUUCCGGUGAAAAGACGAUAUCCGUUGAUGAUUGACAAUCAUCAACGCAGCAAACAGAUGAAAGUAGAUAAACUUAUACCCGAAGCUUCUCCUACGGGACCGGUGAUCCAUGAGCUUGAUGCUACUGAACACGAGCACCAUGUUGACGAUCUCAAUUCCGAGUACAUCGUUGCUGAGAUGCUGGAAAAUCACAACGCAAGUGUCCAAAGUCCAGAAUCAAUUGCUACGUUAAACGACGAGCAUAUUGAAACAGUUCAUUUCUCUCCAAACGCGCCGAUAAGUAACGAUCCAUCAGAAAUUCAGGAAACGUCUGCUAAGAAAAAAAUUGUUUUGAAGCCAAAAAAGAAGAGGAAAAACACCGUGCCUGUCAAAAUUCUGAUUCCAUCAACGAAUAUCGGAGAAGAGCCCAGGUUGGAAGAAACGCUAAUGCUUGAAGUCAAUCCAGAAGACAUUCAAGCGCCGACACAAGUGGAGAAAGCAACGACCAAGUUGCAGAAAAAACCGGUCCCAAUCAAGACUGUCAGAAGUUCAAAGCUCACCGCAAUGGCAGCUAAUAUCAACAAGAUGAACGAUUCAUCAGAAUUGGAUGAAGACUCUGACGAAGUUGACAAUGAUCUCAAAGAAGCUCCGGAGAUCGCCGUCGAGUCAAAUAACGUUGAUCUGGGUGAUAUGCUUAUUAUUCCAGACAUCCUACUCAACCCUGAUGGUUCUAUAAUUGAUAUGAAUAAAUCAGGAGAAUUUCAAGGUGACACCCAUAAGGAAGAAAACUCUUCGGCUGAUAAAUUGAAGCAACAAGUUUUGGAAGCGACUCAACAACAAAGGACAGCUGUUUCGAGCAACAAUGGUGAUCCAGGCUCCAGCAGCAAGUCCAAUAAUUUGUCAUUGAGUUGUGUCAGUCCUUCGAAUAUGUCUAGUACUGCUUACAGGUUAGGAUCGAUGGAAGAAAUGGAUAGUCAUCUAGAAGCAAUGCACAACGAUUUGGAAAAUUUGCGUGAAAUGUUACACAAUGAAGGUUACACUAUUGACGCCAAUACGCUGAUGGAGUUGUUUGGUAGCAAUGAUCCAAUGUCAUUCGGAAUACCAGUGAAUCCCGAAUUAAAUCCAACACAUCACGACAAAGAUCAAGAUCCAGUAGAUGCUAAUGGUGCAACUGGUGGCGAACUAAUGGCGUAUACUCCAUCCAGUUUCAUAGAUUUUGACGAUGACAUGCUUUUAGCCGCCAACAAUUUAGGUGCUGAAAAUGUAGAUGGUCAAAAUAUAACAAAUGAAUUUUACAACACCGAUUCAUUGGACCUAGAGGACAGCAAAGCUUCAUUACUCGACUCUUUGGUCUCGGGGAACGGAAAUUCAUCGGCAAACUUAUAA